ACAUCGAGCAAGCAAAAAAGAUAACAAAAAGUAAACACAAUCUACUCACUAUCAGGUGUAUUCCUGGUGCUAAAAUAUCGCAUUACCCACAAAACGCAACAAACCGACUUCUGUUGUCAUUUCAGUAAGUACAAGGGUGAGAAUGGAGUAGGCUGGCGUCGGCUUAAAAGAAUUUGCUCGAAAAACCGCGGGAGAUGUUGGCUACCUGUGGUGCCUGCACAAAAUGAACCAUUAUCAUACUAUUCCAGUAGGGUAUUCAAAAAUUAUCCACAAUAGAUUUACGCUGGACGGUUAAUGCUAAUCCUGGUGUUUCACAAGACUACAUAAAAAGACACUUCGUGCCAUUUGCUCGCUUCUAUGGUUACACUCGAUGAGUGGAAUAUUCAAUUAGGGACACCAACAAAACGAAAACAAACAAUGAAAUAAAAGGCACAUGAAUCAACAAGGAAAGCAAGCCCGGUGCACUACUUUAGAUUACCCUAUUACUCUAUGGCGAACUUUGCACUCUAUUUCUUUCAAUAGCUCAAAAGGAGACAGAAAUUGCAGGGAACAGCGUUUCUGAUUGGCUGUCAUUUGGCGUUCGACGCGCCGUUCUAAAUCACGUGACGUAUCGGCGGCGCUGCACAUUCAAGUAAACCACCCGUUCUCUCGGGUAUCACCUUUACUCUACCUUGGAGUGUUUCAAGAGAUUGAUAAUCCCGCCGUGGGAUGGAGAACAGUACAGAAUGGAUUCUUGUUGCGCCGGGGUGCUUGGGGCUACAAGGGUGGAAAGGUUUUACUUACUUGAACCAAGGCCUUGUGAUCGGUAUUGUGGUGUUGACAAUUAUGGUCGGAGUUUGCGGUACGGUGGCUAAUACUCUUGUUCUUAUGGCGGUAUAUCGCACGGUGUCACUCCGCACCACUACCAACCUAUUUUUGACCUCUCUUGCGGUAUCUGACCUCACUAUGGGCUGCGUGAUUGUGCCGUUAUUCGCGUUUGGAGCCGUGAACUGGCCAUACCACUCUAGGUACCCUGUUUUCGGGAUGACUGUAGACUUCAUGCUGAUGCAGUCUCUCAUAGCGUCUACUUAUAACUUAUGUGUUAUAAGCUUUGAUCGGCACGUGGCUGUUAAAGACCCACUUCGUUACAUGUCUAUAAUGACGAAGAAAAGGGUGAUUACUCUCAUCGCUAUUACGUGGUUUGCGUCCGUGGCCUUCUCUGUACAAAGCUUCACAAACGCCAAUUACGAAAAGAGACCAAAGCUGUAUUUUAUUCCGUCUCUGGUGGUUCCUAUGCCAGCAGUGACUUUUAUGAUGUGGUGCUACUGGCGAAUUUAUAAAGAAGCGAUGAGACAAAAAAGACGGAUUCAAGAUCAUAGCCCCAGCGUUAUUUUAGACGAUGAAGAGCCGACAACUGUACAAAGCAACAAAAGUGAAAAGAGGGAAAAAAUGAGAAAGGAAAGGAAAGCAACUAUUACAGUGGCGAUAGUAAUUGGGACAUUUCUUCUUUGCUGGUUACCGAAUAUGAUAGUUUCUAUAGUCCAAUUUAUUUACACUAGCAUCGACUUGUGUAAUGCGGUUAUGAUUGGAGAGUUCUGGCUCAUUUCACUACCUAUUUCAUCCAUUAACUCUGUAGCGAACCCAUUAAUUUAUGUGCUUCGUAAUAACGAAUUUAAGCACGCGGUGAUUGGUAUUCUAAGAUCGAAGGGAGGCUUAAGACAAAUCGGCUGGACUUGAUCAAUCUAUUAGACGCAAUUAGAUAGAAAAGGCAGGAAAAAUUUUGUUUGAUAUUCAAGUUAUCUGUUCCUUGAAAUAUAUAUUUUUUCAUUUCCCCUCACGCUUAGGGAGAACAGCAAGACAUCGUCCCUAUUUCCCGAGCAGGAUCUAAACUUCAAUAUCCCUAUAGCGCUAUUAUGACAAGCGAAAAUGCUAAAGAAUUCCGAAAACUAAACUUUUAUGAGAUUAAGGGAUGAACCCCGGUUCAUAUCACAUCAUUCAUUUCCUUGGGGUAAAGGAAUAGCUCUCUGUCGGCUAUUGGAAUAAAGAUUUCUAUUAUUAAAAUAUAGAAGCUGGAAAGUACCUUUGGCGGGAGGUAAUGUGAAUGGGAAAUGGUAGAGUUAGUAGAAAUGCAAACUUAAUUUGACUUAGAUGUUUCCGGGAUAAAAUGGAGAAAAGUUUCUUGUGCACUUCAGAACCCGUCAAAUAUGAGAAAGACGAAUUGAUUAAUUUCUUAGAUAUAUAUAUCCCUAGAUUUGAAUUUUUAAUAAAGAAGGUUUUUCUUAUCUUUAAGGCGCCUGUCGAAGUAGGGGACUCCGCAAUAUCAUUUGGUUCGUCUUUGACAUAUGUCUUCCAGCUUUAGUAUAUUUGUGAUAGUCAUCCGAUAGUCUAUUUUGUGCAUUUUAAAACACUUUUUUAAUUUCGCACCAAAACCCUUCUACCAACAAAUAAUGCAGAUCUAAUUACCGUAUAGGAUAGUUUUCCGUGGAUGUUUGUCCAGUGCUAAGUACAUAUGCGUCUUAUUACCCUGGCUAGCCCAAAGCUAACAGUACAAAUCUUCAUUUUGCGCUUUUUUAAUAGAAAGGUGUGUACGCUCGGUUUGUUUAACACAUGACAUCUGUUUUAUAAAAGGCUAGCUGUACAAAAUAUCUUUGAAGAUUUGUUUGCAAGACAAACUUCGCAAACCCACUGGCUAUUGCAGAUAAAUUCUCAAUACCGAGGAACAUCAGCUCUACUGUGAAAGUAAUUUUUUUUUCAUAUUAUGGAUAAUAAAAAGAAAUAUAGAGUCGCACGAAUGUUCUGAAUUCACCCAGUUAUCAUGCUGGAAAUUAACUACCCCCAACUGGUACUAUUUAUUAAGCCUAUUCUAUAAUGAAGUCUUAUCUUCUUUGUAGGAGAAGUUCCGAAAGGCUAUAACUGUGAAUUAGACAAUCUCUCUUGACGACGUUUGCGCGAUCUCUUCUUUUGCACGCAAUUAAAACUCAAAUUCCUGAUAGCUUUUUCCUUAUUUGAAGAGUGUUACUACCGCUUUUAAAUCCGUUUGUUCUCCGUUAAUGAUCUUCUCAACGAGGCCAAUGACUAGAUCAUAAAAUAUUCAAAGCGUCCUAUUUGUAGACAUGCUAAAACGCUAAAAACAGCCAAGAAGGAUUAAUUAAAGUGCAUUGGGGGAAAUAUUAUUAGCAAUGGAACUCUUAUAUGGAUUUUGUGUGAGUAAAAAAACCUUUAACGUCAAAAUAUAUUUUCACUUUUCUGUGUAUUGAUAGACGAAUAAAUAACUGAAAAGAUGG